UGACAAACAUAUUUCGCGCGCUUUUCGUUUCGAUCGCAACAAGAUUGUUGUGAAGUGUGCGUUUCGUAGUUGUAAAUAAUAAUACAAUUAAUUCGGAGAUAAAAUAAAAUUAUAGUAUUAAAAAAUGUCGAGCCCAGCGCGUAUUUCUAAUCCAAGUACACCUUUGGCUGCUCCACCACCAAUUGAUGUGGAGACACCUAUGCGUAUGGGUCGGGCACAUGUUCAGCAUUCUGAUAAUAUAAGUUUACCACCCACUUCUCCUAGAGUAAGUAUAGCCGCAACCAGUCCAGCACGAGGUCUAGGAUGCGGCAUGAGCGAAAUUGAUUUGAGUUCCCCUUUAAAUUAUGGUACUCCCAGUUCAAUGGGCUCCAUACGUACACCACGAUCUGGCAUACGUGGAACACCUUUACGCACUCGUCCUGAUAUACGUACCGACAAGCGCAUGCGUCAGGUAGCAAUUGGAGGUGAUGGGUUGGAACCAAUAACAGAAAGACAUUCAGAGACUGAUCCUAUAUCUGAGGCGUCGACAGGACCACAAAUUGUUGUCUGGGGCACAAAUGUGGUAGUCAGUCAAUGUAAAACAAAAUUUCAAGCUUUUCUAAUGCGUUACAUAGAUCCAACAGCUGAGCAAGAUGAAAUAUCUGAAAAUAUUGAUGUAAAUCAACCAUUGUAUAUGCAAAAGCUUGAGGAAAUACAUACACUGGAAGAACCGUAUCUUAAUCUUAAUUGUGCUCACCUUAAAACAUAUGAUGCAGCUUUGUAUCAUCAAUUAAUAUGUUAUCCUCAAGAAGUAAUCCCAACUUUCGAUAUGGCAGUAAAUGAAAUGUUUUUCGAAAAGUAUCCAGCUGCUAUUUUGGAACAUCAGAUUCAAGUGCGUCCAUUUAAUGCUGAUAAAACACGUAAUAUGCGCUCACUUAAUCCUGAAGAUAUGGAUCAAUUAAUAAGUAUUAGUGGCAUGGUAAUAAGAACUUCAAAUGUUAUACCGGAAAUGCGUGAAGCAUUCUUUAAGUGCAUUAUAUGCGAUUUUAUAUCUACGGUAGAUGUUGAACGGGGUCGCAUUGCCCAACCAACUCUUUGUACAAAUUGUAACACUAAUCACUGUUUUCGACUUGUGCACAAUCGCUCGGAAUUCACUGAUAAGCAACUUGUAAAAUUGCAAGAAUCUCCAGAUGAUAUGGCUGCUGGACAAACUCCACACAAUGUGCUACUGUAUGCUCAUAAUGAUUUAGUCGACAAAGUUCAACCUGGUGAUCGUGUAACUGUUACUGGAAUUUAUCGUGCUGUUCCAAUGAAAGGAAAAGGCAACAAUGUUAAGAGCGUGUAUAAAACUCAUAUUGAUGUAGUACAUUUUCGUAAAGUUGACAACAAACGCCUUUAUGAAGAGGAAGAAGGAAAAGAUCAUAUAUUUCCGCCAGAACGUAUUGGAUUAUUGCACAUGCUUUCACAAAAACCUGAUGUAUAUGAUCGUUUAGCUAAAGCGAUAGCUCCUUCUAUUUAUGAAAAUGACGAUAUUAAAAAAGGCAUUUUACUACAACUAUUUGGAGGUACCAAAAAGAAGCAUACCACUAUGGGAAGACAAAAUUUCAGAUCUGAAAUUCAUUUACUCUUAUGUGGUGAUCCCGGUACUUCUAAGUCUCAAAUGCUACAAUAUGUUUACAAUCUGGUUCCACGUUCACAAUACACUUCAGGUAGAGGUUCUUCUGCUGUAGGUUUGACAGCUUAUGUUACCAAAGAUCCAGAAACUCGUCAGUUGGUUUUACAAACUGGUGCUUUGGUACUGGCUGAUAACGGCGUCUGUUGUAUUGAUGAGUUCGAUAAAAUGAAUGAUGCUACACGUAGUGUUUUGCAUGAAGUAAUGGAACAGCAAACAUUAAGUAUAGCUAAGGCUGGUAUCAUUUGUCAGCUUAAUGCACGUACUUCCAUACUGGCUGCUGCAAAUCCAGCUGAAUCCCAAUGGAAUACAAAGAAAAAUAUAAUUGAUAAUGUGCAUCUGCCUCAUACGUUGCUUUCACGUUUUGAUCUUAUAUUUUUGGUUCUUGAUCCACAAGAUGAAAUAUUUGAUCGUCGUUUGGCAAAUCAUUUGGUUUCAUUAUAUUAUGUUUCUAGACAAGAGGAAGAAGACACUAUGUUUGAUAUGAGUGUUCUUCGUGAUUAUAUAGCCUACGCCCGUGAACAUAUUUCUCCCACGUUAACUGAAGAAGCACAGCAACGUCUUAUACAGGCAUACGUUGAUAUGCGAAAAGUUGGUGCACGAAGAGGUCAGAUUUCAGCUUACCCACGUCAAUUGGAAAGUUUAAUUCGUCUUUCCGAAGCGCAUGCUAAAGUUCGUCUUAGUAAUGAAGUCACAGUAACAGAUGUUGAAGAGGCUUGGAGACUACAUCGUGAAGCUUUGAAACAAUCAGCAACAGAUCCUCUAUCCGGUAAAAUUGAUGUUGGUAUCUUAACAACUGGUUUAUCGACAGCUGCACGAAAGAAACGCGCUGAGUUAGUGGAAGCCAUAAAGGAAAAUUUGAAAAAGAAAGGAAAAAUUCCUACUGUCCCUUAUCAAAAACUGUUUAAAGAGAUCAAGGAAGCCUCACAGAUUCUCAUAACUCGUGAACAAUUUGAAGAUGCUUUGAAGGAAAUUCAAGAUGAAGGCACGAUUGUUGUUAUGGGAAAAAAUACUAUUCGAAUUUGUUAAUUCAUGU